UGAGAAAUGGAAGGAAGAAGUGGUGAUUAUUAUUUUAUACUACAAACCAGAAAGCGAUCCAUCUGGUUUUCAAAUUUUGAAAACCAAACGUUCCUGAUUUUCGUCACUUUCCUCCACCACCGCCGCUCCACCUGCUGCAUCGGGGAAUGCAAAUAGCCGACGUCUUACCCUUUUGAUUCUCACGUCACGUGUUUCCAGCUUAUCGAUCGAUCGAAGCACAUUUGUAUCUGCCGAAAUGUCUCUGCUAAGUAGGUUCUUUUACAAGAGACCACCAGAUGGGUUGCUUGAGUUUGCUGAUAGAGUUUAUGUUUUUGAUUCUUGUUUUUGCACGGAAGUGUUGGCUGAUGACUUGUACCAAAUCUUUCUCCACGAAGUCAUCAACGAUCUACACGAAGACUUCCCCGAAUCAUCUUUCCUCGCUUUCAAUUUCCGAGAAGGCGAGAAAAGAAGCGUCUUCGCCGAGACUCUCUGCGAAUACGACGUCACGGUCCUCGAGUAUCCACGCCAAUACGAAGGCUGCCCUUUGCUCCCUUUAUCACUCAUCCAGCACUUUCUCCGCGUCUGUGAGAAUUGGCUAUCUCGUGGGAACCGUCACGAUGUUAUUCUUCUUCACUGCGAGAGAGGAGGCUGGCCGCUUCUGGCUUUUAUCCUCGCCAGCUUUCUUAUUUUCAGGAAAGUUCAUAGCGGUGAGCGCAGGACUCUUGAGAUUGUGCAUCGUGAGGCUCCUAAAGGUCUUCUGCAGCUGCUCUCUCCCUUGAACCCUUUCCCUUCUCAGCUUCGUUAUCUUCAGUAUGUGGCCAGGAGGAACAUCAGUCCUGAGUGGCCGCCUCCUGAGAGAUCUCUUUCUUUGGAUUGUGUGAUUAUUCGUGCUAUUCCCAACUUUGACUCCCAGCAUGGAUGCAGACCCAUUAUACGUAUCUUUGGAAGAAACUACAGUAGCACCUCUGGUCUUUCCACCGAGAUGCUUUAUUCUAUGUCUAAUAAGAAAAAGCCCCUUCGGCAUUACCGACAGGCAGAAUGUGACGUGAUCAAACUUGACAUCCAGUGCUGGGUGCAAGGAGAUGUUGUACUGGAGUGUGUGCAUAUGGAUUUAGAACCAGAACGAGAGGUUAUGAUGUUCCGUGUGAUGUUCAAUACUGCAUUUAUCAGGUCCAACAUACUAAUGUUGAACUCGGACAACUUGGAUAUUCUUUGGGAGGCCAAGGAUCAUUAUCCAAAAGGGUUUCGAGCAGAGGUUUUGUUUGGAGAAGUUGAGAAUGCUUUGCCUCAGAAAGUUCCAACCCCAAUAGUAAAUGGUGAUGAGACUGGUGGCUUGCCCAUCGAAGCCUUUUCUAAAGUUCAAGAACUUUUUAGUGGUGUGGAUUUGGCUGAAAAUGGAGACGAUGCUGCUCUGUGGUUGCUGAAACAACUUGCUGCAAUAAAUGAUGCAAAGGAGUUCACAAGAUUUCGGCACAGAGGGGGUUUCUACAUGAAUUCUCCUGACUCUGAAGAGGAGACCAACACAUCUAGUGCAGCUGAUAGUUCAGAUGAAGGCUUUGAUGCCAUUCAUAGACCUCGCAUUUCUCUCGCUUUUGAUAAUGAUGACACCGAAGACAUUCCUAUAUCUUUUGCUUCGGAAUCUUCAGAGGAGCCUAACGAAUUCUCUCGUGGACAACAGCAAGAAGUUCCAUCGAAAGACAGUGUCCAGCCUUCGGUUCUUCCAUCUUCUGCCACACUUUUACCUCCGCCACCACCACCGCCUCUCCCUAUUUCCAGCAGUAGAGAUCCUCUGACAACAUCACACCAGCCUAUCAACAAAACCCCACCACCACCACCUCCUCCUCCACCUUUCUCUAGAAGCAUUUCUCCACCUUCAGCUCCACCUCCUCCACCACCACCACCUUCAUUUGGGAGCACAGUAAAUAAACUUCAGGCACAAACACCUCCACCACCUCCUCCUCCUCCACCUUUCUCUAGAAGCAUUUCUCCACCUUCAGCUCCACCCCCUCCACCACCACUCCUGCCACCUCCGUUUGGGAACACAGGAAAUAAACUUCAGGCGCAACCACCUCCACCACCACCUCCUCCUCCACCUUUCUCUAGAAGCGUUUUGCCACCUUCAGCUCCACCCCCUCCACCACCACCGCUGCCACCUCCAUUUGGGAACACAGGAAAUAAACUUCAGGUGCAACCACCUCCACCACCUCCUCCUCCACCUUUCUCUAGAAGCAUUUCUCCACCUUCAGCUCUGCCCCCUCCACCACCACCCCCGCCACCUCCGUUUGGGAACUCAGGAAAUAAACUUCAGGCGCAACCACCACCCCCACCUCCACCGCCACCUAUAUCUCAUUCUGUUCCUGCUCGUGCUGGCCCACCUUCAGCACCCCCACCACCUCCACCUCCACCUCGUAAGGCUAAUAUUUCAAAUGCCCCCAUGCCACCUCCUCCACCACCUCUUCCUCCUUCAUCUGGAAAGUUGGGUGCUCCCCCUCCGCCUCCACCACCACCACAUCUUCCAUCCCCAAAGUUGGGUGCUCCCUCUCCUCCUCCACCACCACAUCCUCCUUCAUCCGCAAAGUUGGGUGCUCCCCGUCCGCCUCCACCACCACCACUAUCCAAAACCCCUGCUCCCCCUCCGCCACCUCUAUCCAAGACCCCUGCUCCUCCUCCACCAGCGUUGGGUCGUGGUACAAGUAGUGGCCCACCACCAUUGGGAGCAAAAGGUUCAAAUGCACCGCCGCCACCUCCUGCUGAAGGAAGGGGCAGAGCUUCCUCUGGACUUGGAAGAGGCCGAGGUGUGAGUGUGCCUACUGCCGCACCUACGAAAACCGUGCUAAAGCCUUUGCACUGGUCUAAAGUUACUCGGGCAGCAAAAGGUAGUUUGUGGGCUGCUGAUACUCAAAAACAGGAAAAUCAACCUCGUGCCCCUGAAAUAGAUAUAUCAGAGCUCGAGAGUCUUUUUUCUGCAGUUUCAGAUACCGCUGCUAAGAAAAGCACAGGUCGCAGGGGUUCGAAUAUUAACAAACCUGAGAAAGUUCAACUGGUUGACCUGCGAAGAGCAAAUAACUGUGAAAUAAUGCUUACGAAAAUUAAGAUUCCUCUACCAGAUAUGCUUAGCGCAGUUCUAGCCUUAGAUUCGUCAGUUCUGGACAUCGACCAGGUUGAAAAUCUCAUCAAAUUUUGUCCGACGAAGGAAGAAAUGGAAUUGUUGAGGAAUUAUACUGGUGAUAAAGAAAUGCUUGGAAAGUGUGAACAGUUUUUCAUGGAACUAAUGAAGGUUCCACGUAUAGAAGCAAAGUUACGAGUGUUUGGUUUUAAGAUUACCUUUGCUUCUCAGUCGGAAGAAUUAAAAAGCUGCCUCAAUACAAUAAACGUUGCUGCUAAAGAGGUGAGGGAGUCUGCAAAGUUGCGUCAGAUUAUGCAAACAAUAUUAACACUAGGAAAUGCUCUGAAUCAGGGAACUGCAAGAGGGUCUGCUGUGGGAUUCAAACUGGAUAGCCUUCUUAAAUUAUCUGAUACUCGUGCAAGAAAUAACAAAAUGACUUUGAUGCAUUACUUAUGCAAGCUUGUUGGAAAAAUGCCAGAGUUGCUGGAUUUUCCCAGUGACCUUGUUCACUUGGAAGCUGCCUCGAAGAUUGAAUUGAAAACGUUGGCUGAAGAAAUGCAGGCGGCGACUAAAGGCCUUGCAAAGGUUGAACACGAACUCAGUGCUUCAGAAAACGAUGGUGCAAUAUCUGUGGGCUUCCGAAAGGUCUUGAAGGAGUUUCUUGAUAUCGCUGAAGAAGAAGUGAGGUUGCUUGCUUCUUUAUAUACAGAAUCGGGGAGAAAUGCAGAUUCCUUGUGCCACUACUUCGGUGAGGAUCCAGCUCGGUGUCCUUUCGAACAAGUGACCAAGAUUCUGACUCUUUUCAUGAAAACUUUCAUCAAAUCACGAGAGGAGAAUGAAAAACAAGCGGAGGCUGACAAGAAGAAACUGGAGAAAGAAGCAAUGAAGGAGAAGCCAUUGGUAAAGAAAGACGGUGCUGAUCCAUAGACAUAGAACGUGAACUAAGGUCGGUCUUUAACCAAAGACCCGAGGGUUUCAGAUUUGAUGAAAGCUUUGUUUUCAGUGUUGCACAUACCAAACAGGAGCAGGCAUCUGUUAAGAUUAGAGUCACGAUCUCUCUCUUGUAACUCUCUUAACAGUGAAUAUAUAUGAAAAGUACGAUUGCAAUAUCACAAAGGGAAAUCCCGAUUACAAAGUA